ACUCAGUAGAAAUAGCCAAUCAGGACACGACAGCACUGCGUGGCUAUCUUGGCUAACUUAUUGUUGAAGCCACGUCGAGCAGUAUCUUUUGAAGAAAACGAUUAGAUUGAAUUUGAUUUAAAAAUAAGUUUCCACAAUGCUAUUUAAAUAUUUUAACUUUCUUUUUUUGGUUUUCGCUUCAGUCUUAGCUGAAGAAAAAGAUGUGGUGGAGCUAACCGACGAAACUUUUAGCCAUGAAUUAGAACGGCUUGAAAACACGCUUGUUAUGUUUUACGCACCAUGGUGUGGUCAUUGCAAACGAUUGAAACCAGAAUAUGCAAAAGCUGCUGAAAUGCUUUUAGAUAAUGAUCCAUCAAUUACUCUUGCUAAAGUUGAUUGUACAGAAAGUGGAAAGGAUACUUGUAAUAAAUAUUCUGUUAGUGGUUAUCCAACAUUAAAGAUCUUUUCUAAAGGUGAUUUUGUUAGUGAUUACAAUGGACCUAGAGAAGCUGUUGGCAUUGCUAAGUAUAUGAAGGCACAAGUUGGUCCAGCAUCUAAAGAAUUAAAUGAAGAAAAUUGUUUAAAGUCAUUUUUAGAUUCUGAUGAAGUAAGUGUUGUAGGUUUCUUUGAAAAAGAAGAUUUAUCUUUAGCAACAACUUUUCAUGCGGUUUCUAAAAAACUUAAAGAAAAAGUUAGAUUUGCACACACAACUGCCAAAUCACUUAUGGAAAAAGAAGGAUAUAAGAAUACUAUUGUUUUAUAUAGACCAAAAAUUUUGCAAAAUAAAUUUGAAGCAAACAUUGUGAAAUAUGAUGAAACUAUGGGUGAUAUUCAAGAAUUUAUUAAUAAGAAUUAUUUUGGUAUUGCGGGAGUUCGUACACGAGAUAAUACAGCAGAAUUUAAAAAUCCAUUAGUUGUUGCAUAUUAUGCAGUAGAUUAUAUCAAGAAUUCAAAGGGUACAAACUAUUGGCGUAAUAGAAUUAUCAAAGUUGCUAAGGACUUCCCUAAUUUGAACUUUGCUAUUUCUUCCAAAGAUGAUUUUCAGCAUGAAUUGAAUGAUUUUGGAAUUGAUUUUGUUAAAGGUGAUAAACCUGUUAUAUUGGCACGAAAUAUUAAUAACCAAAAAUUUGUUAUGAAAGAUGAAUUCUCUGUUAGUACAUUUGAAGCAUUUUUAAAAGAUAUGGAAGCUGGUGUUUUAGAACCAUAUCUAAAGUCUGAACCAAUUCCUGAAGAUAAUUCUGGAAAUGUUAAAAUUGCGGUAGCCCGAAAUUUUGACGAACUUGUUACAAAUAAUGACAAAGAUACAUUGAUUGAAUUUUAUGCACCUUGGUGCGGUCAUUGUAAAAAAUUAGCUCCUGUUUAUGAUGAAUUAGGAGAAAAACUUGCGAAUGAGGAUGUUGAGAUCAUAAAGUUUGAUGCUACUGCUAAUGAUGUUCCUGGCCCAUAUGAAGUUCGAGGUUUUCCUACACUUUAUUGGGCACCUAAAAACUCUAAAAAUAAUCCAGUCAAAUAUGAAGGUGGCAGAGAGCUUGAUGAUUUUAUUAAAUAUAUUGCUAAACAUGCAACUAAUGAGUUAAAAGGAUUUGAUCGUAAAGGCAAAAGUGUUAAACCGAAGAGUGAUGAAUUGUAAAUUUUUUCACUACAGAUAUGUGGUUGGUUUAUUACAUACAAUUUUAACAUAUAUCUCAGCAAAACUUGAACUGAAAUUUUCUUUGUACAAUUUAUGAGUGUGAGAAAAGUACUGUAUCUAGCUAAAAACAUAAAAGCAAAAAAUUUUUCUAACUCCAGAGACAGAUUAGAAAGCAAUUAAAAAUCUUUGGUAAUGCAACUGCAUUUAUUUUACAAUGUAUUUGAAAAAGUGAAUAACUAGAGUAGGAUCAUCUAUAUAUUAUAUAACUUUAUAAUGUUAUAUAUUAUGUAAACUGUGCAGAAUUGAUAUUAUAUCAAAGUUUUCCAGAUCUAACAAAUAAUACUUAACAUUUAAUUUUUCAUUCCAUUUUUCAUAUUUUAUUAUAUAUUAGAUUGAAGUCAAUAAAUUAUCUUAUUUAUAUCAAAAAUAAAAUAAAUGUUUUUUUAUAAAAUUUUGCACUGAGAAUCUAAUAAUAUCUUCAUUUUUUUAGUAUUAAGCUCCCUAAUAUAUAAUUUUUAUAUAAAUAAAAAUUCAUUGUACAAUAUA